GUUAAGAAGUCCAUCUUGCCCCAGUGAAGUAGGAAAAAAAUGUCUCAUAAAAGGCCCUGUGACACAAAUUUCAGCACUCACUGCUUUACCAGACCAUCGAAGGAACAACUCCUCCCCUCUUCGGUUCACCUCGUCCAUCUCAAACAAAAUAAACAAUAUGAAGACCCUGGUCAUCUUGACUUGUGUUUUGGGAGUCUCCAUCAUCGCCGAGGCUCAACUCGAAAGCCAAAACAACUCCAGUCAGAACAACUCAAGUCAAAAUAACAGAGUCUCUAACACGGGCACCUGUAAUUGUCAAGGCAACCUCCCUAUCCCCAUUUGCGGCAAAAACGGCGACACUUUCGAUAACAUUUGCGAAGCCAAUUGCAAGAGCGAGGAGGUGGAAUGUAAUCAGGAGUGCCCUUGCCCCCCUUCUGCACCCCAAGUCUCCUCUAAAUCUGCGACUAAUGUUACCAUUGCCAGUAUUCUAGCCAAACCUACAAAUUCUUUCAACUCCACCAUUAAAGAAGUUAGUGUACAGCCCAAACCGUGCUCAGUGGCCAUCAAGAAAGUUUGUGCCGACAACGGGACAACCUUCGAGAAUGCCUGCAAGGCCGAAAAUAGUGGCUUGAAAGUCCAAUGUAAAGGAGAGUGCCCUUGCCAAGGNAGAAAAUAG